AUGUCCUCGACCGCACCGACCGCAUCGACAGCAGCAUCCGCCUCGGCCUCGGUGCUCAGCCUCGAUGCGCUCUUCAACAACCCCCUCUUCGCCGGCGGCAUCGGCCUCGCUAGCCUAGGCGCCGCGGCGGCCUUUGCCCGCAAAGGCGUCGUCGUCGCCGCGGGAGCCGCCCGCCGCCGCCUCCUCGUCAACGUCGAGAUCAGCAAGCAGGACCCGGCCUACCCGUGGAUCCUUGCCUGGCUCUCGCAGCCGCGCGAGCAGGUUGGGUUCCUGGCCUCGCGCAUCACGCGCAUCCACAACCUCUCCGUCUCAACCACCACCACCGCCCAGCGCGGCGCGACCGGCCCGACGAAUGCGCACUUCUUCCUGCAGCCCGGCUACGGCCGGCACAUUGUCAAGCACAAGAACGCCUACAUCGCCAUCAAUCGCGAGAAGCACAGCACGGCGAACAUGAACACGGGCGAGCCGCACGAGAUUGUGCAGCUGACGACGCUGUGGGCGCACCGGCACGUGUUCGAGGACGUGUUUGGCGAGGCGCACGCGCUGGCGGCCAAGGCGAAUGAGGGAAAGACGAUUGUCUACGCUGCGAGAGGGAUGGAAUGGGCGCCGCUCGGCGACCCCCGGAAGAAGCGCCCGCUUGGCUCGGUGGUGCUGGACGAAGGAGUCAAGGAAGGCAUCGUAGACGAUGUCAAGGAUUUCUUGGGCCGGCAGCAGUGGUAUGUCGACCGUGGCAUUCCCUACCGACGUGGAUAUCUCCUCUUUGGACCGCCCGGCAGCGGAAAGAGUUCCUUCAUCCAGUCCCUUGCCGGUGAACUGGAUUUUAGCGUGGCCAUGAUCAACCUCAGCGAGAUGGGCAUGACGGACGACAAGCUGGCAUACCUUUUGACGAAGCUCCCGCGUCGGAGCAUCCUCCUGCUGGAAGACGCAGACUCGGCGUUUGUUAACCGCCGUCAGCGCGAUGCGGAUGGCUACAGUGGUGCCAGCGUCACGUUCUCCGGUCUGCUCAAUGCGCUGGACGGCUUGGCCGCCGGCGAAGAGCGUAUUGCCUUCCUGACGACCAACCACAUCGAGCGUCUUGACCCGGCACUCAUCCGCCCCGGACGCGUGGACAUGAUGAUGCGCAUCGGCGAGGCGACCAAGUAUCAGGCUGGCCAGAUGUGGGAUCGCUUCUAUGGCGACGUCGACGCCGAUGGUUCGGGUCGCGAGCGCUUCCUGCAGAGACUUGAGGACCUUGGUCUGUUUGGCAACGGAACGGGAGAGACGGCCAACAGGUCCACCAGCACGGCUGCCAUCCAGGGCUUGUUCUUGUUCAACAAGAACGACAUGCAAGGCGCCAUCGACAUGGCCGAAGGUCUUAUCCCGCGCAAGUUCGAGGCCGAGGACGCGAUUCCCGAAGGCGCCAUCAAGACGCGUGCCUAG